GCAUUUUGUUUUCAUUAAUUUGUUGUUUGCAGAGGCCCCAAAACGAGUUAAAACCAUCAGAAAUAUAGACCGUUCAGAAUGAAAACCUUUGAGAAAUGCGUUCUGGGUGCUGUACUGCUGUGCUUCCUGCUGCAAACUGCCCAGGCCAUCAAGUGCUGGGACUGCCGCAGCGACAGCGAUCCCAAGUGCGGCGAUCCCUUCGACAAUAGCACCCUGGCCAUCACGGACUGCCAGCAGGCCCCCGAACUGGAGCACCUGAAGGGGGUGCGGCCGACGAUGUGUCGCAAGAUCCGCCAGAAGGUGCACGGCGAGUGGCGUUACUUCCGCAGCUGUGCGUACAUGGGCGAGCCGGGCAUCGAGGGCGACGAGCGCUACUGCCUGAUGCGGACGGGCAGCUACAACAUCUUCAUGGAGUACUGCACCUGCAACAGCAAGGACGGCUGCAACGGCGCCGGCCUGCCCCGCCUCGGGCUGGCCAGCGUCCUGGGCGGCACCCUCCUCGCUGUCCUCGUGGCGCAACUCUUGAGGCAAUAGCAAUAGCCCGCCUAGCCCUAGCCAAAACUAAUGUGUAAUUUUCAAGUGCCUUUUCCAAUGAGUCGAAUCUAAAAACAAAAAAACUUAAAACUUGGAACUCGUUUCCGUCCAUAUCUCUAUGCCGCACAACACACAAAACAUUCCGUAUAUCUUAAGCUCAAUGUUCGAAUCUCGCAUUUUUGUCUGUCUCUAUUUUGUAUGCAAUUUUUACAAAGAAUUCUUUAGUUUAAGGAUGUGAGGGGCCUGCACUUGCAAAUUGUAUUGUAUUUGUAUUGUAUUGCCCCCACGAAAAGUAGAACGUUUUGUAAUCGAAAUAAAAGAUUGAUGUAUACACAAA